AUGAUUGAUUUACCUUUUCCAUGUCGGAAUGAACAAUGUAUGAAUAAUAAUACAAAUACAAUUAAUACCGGUAAUUCUUCUAUGAAUACAAAUUCCUAUAAAGAUACUACUCUAAAUCCUAAUAUUCUACCUUUAUUAAAGCAUCAAUUACCUAGACAAGAAUUAAAUGAAUCAUAUACAAAGAAGAAAUGUCAAUAUCAACCUAAAUCAUCAUGUUCCAUUACAUCGAAUCAUUCAUUUAAAUUUAAUCAAGAUUAUAAUAAAAAUAAAUUAGACAAUGUAAUUGAACAUUCAACUAUUCAACAAAUAAAUAAUAAAUUAAAAUGUCAUUAUAUUCAAAAUAAAUUAGAUACAAUACAUAAUCCUAUUGUUUAUUAUUCUAAUUUAAUAACAAAUGAUCAAAAAUAUAAAAAUAUUUAUAAAACAUCAUGGAAUCAUCAAUAUAAACGAAUUUAUACAUUAAAAUCUAGAAAAUAUAAAAAGAAAAAAAUUUUAUUAAAAUCUACUAAUAAAUUUAAUAAAAAUAAUUUAAUUCAUUUAAAAUCAAAAUUAAUGAAAAAUGAAUAUUUUAAUAAAAAUUUACCAUAUAAAUCUAUAAAUCCUAUACAUAAAACUAAUCAAAUUAAAACAAGAAACAUAGAAAACUUUUUACAUCAAACAGUCCAUAUUACUACUAAUAAUAAUAAUAAUAGUAGUAAUAAUAAUAAUCAAGAUGGUGACAAUCUUCACAAUAAAAUUUUCGAAUCAAUCAAUACAAUAUAUAGUAACUAUGCAUUUAAUCCUUUUAAAACAUCUAUUACUAAUCAGAAUAAUAACUUUGAAAAUAAAAUCAAUGAUAUUUUAAAGCCUAUAACUUCAUCAAAUGAAAUUAAUCAAAUUGUUCAUUGUAGUAAUCUUCUUAAAAAGAAUAAUUAUUUAUCGUCUUCUUUAUCAUCAUCAUCAUCAUCCUCAUCGUCAGGAUCAUCGUCAAUAUUAACAUUACCACAUUUAUCACCAUUACCAAUAAAAUCUUUAUAUGAUAAUGAAAAAUUAUAUUUAAAACAAAAUAGUAUUAGAAAACAUUUUCAAAAAUUAACAAAUUCAAUAUUUAAUUAUAAUUAUACAUCGAAUCCGAUAUAUUCCAAUUCAUAUUAUUCAGUAAAUAAUGAUAAACCAUUAGAUUUACGUAAUCCAUUACAAAUUCACUUGAAUACUGUGUUAUAUAAAAAUUACAAUAAUAAUAGUAAUAAUAAUAAUAAUAGUAAUGAUAAGUUAUUUACUGAGAUCGAAAAGCUUGGCAAAUCAUAUUUAUCAAUGGGAAAUUUUAAUUCAAACGAAAUUUGGUCAACAAUCUUUACAUUAUUAAAUAGGAAACUGAAUCAAUUUUCUCAAAUUAAUCAAAGUAAGUUUCAUUUGAAUUCUUUUAAACUAAUCUAUAUGGUUAAUUGUUUUAUAUAA